UGAAUCUAAUGGUAAACUAUAGUUUGCCUCAGUUUUAAGAGAAUAUGAGUUAAAAGACAAUGCUGACAUUUAGGAGUAGCUGAUUAAACGUUCGUCAAGAUGAUUAUAUCAGCGAAUUAAGCGAUAAUUAGUAGUUAGUAUCCAUAGAUAAGAGAUGAGUGUUGACUUGUAUUUACAUCAGUUUGAUCUUAUCAUUUCAGAUACUCACGAUUUAUUAAUUUGAAAAUAAUAUAUCAAUUAUGACUAUAGAGUGAACAGAUAAUGGAUGGCGUGAUAACAAGAGGAUUUAUAUAUAUUUCAUUAAUUAUACAGGUCUUUUCAUCGGGUAUUUUUGAAAUGGCGAUUUUAUCAAUAUACAACGGAAAUGGACGGAGGUCUGAUGGUCAUUGUUGUGUCGGUACCAAGGAAUAUUGUAGUGAUCAGUGUCGAACAUUUCUAAGCGCCUGCCUCUUGCAACACACGACAGAGGUGCCUGAAUUACCCGAGUGUAUUUUUGGAAAUUCCAGUACUGCUGUCUUAGGUGGCAAUGUUAUACUGUCAAAAACACUAAACGAUUUUGAAUUGUCAACUUUAUUAAUAAGAUUCCAGUUUUCGUGGCCUGCUGUGUUUACAUUGGUAGUAGAUGUAAGACAUGAUAAUGAUAAUCACCUAUCACAAAAUGAUUCAUCACAACUAAUCUUACGUAGCAUUGUGAGCGAGACUAUAUAUCCGCCAUCGUACUGGUACAGCCAGACAACAACAGGAGAAGACAAAUCAAUACAAUACACUUACAGAGUAAUAUGUGAUGACAAUUACUACGGAGCAGGAUGUGAAGUUUUCUGUAGAUCAAGAAAUGAUAGCUUUGGACAUUAUGUAUGUGACCAAGAUGGUUCUAAGCUUUGUCUUCCCGGAUGGCAGGGAGAAUUCUGUCAAACAGCAAUGUGUUGGGAUAGAUGUAAUAUGUCACAUGGUUUCUGUUAUGAACCAUUUCAAUGCAGUUGUUUCAUUGGUUGGGAAGGUGAAUCAUGUGAUGAGUGUAUCAGGAAUCCUGGUUGUAUAAACGGUUAUUGUUAUGAACCAUGGCAGUGCAUUUGUUAUGGUGACUGGACAGGCAAAGACUGCAAUAUAGAUAUAAACUAUUGUCAUAAGUAUGAUCCCUGUGAGCAUUCAGGUACUUGUUUACCAGACAACCUAAAGAAUUUCACGUGUGAAUGUGUCACUGGUUAUACUGGUACGUCCUGUGAGUCUGUGAUAUGUGCAGACAGGCAUUGCCAAAAUGGUGGACAUUGUUCUGUAUCUUCAAUUGGUUGUGAAUGUCCUGAGAAAUAUUAUGGACCUCAUUGUGAGUUCCGGAAGUUAACGUGUGAUGAAACAGAUUGUUUGAAUGGUGGUACUUGUAUACCUACUCUAACAGGAACUAUGUGUAAUUGUACAAAAGGAUUUACAGGAGAUAACUGCAAAUCAGAAAUAGAUGAAUGCAAUUCCAGUCCUUGUAAAUAUGGUGGAAUCUGUAAAGAUGGCGUGGAUGGUUACAUUUGCGAUUGCAGAGACGGAUAUACCGGCAAUAACUGUGACAUUAUCAUGGAUCCUUGUAUGGGUACCACGUGUUUUCACAAUGGCACAUGCAUUGCGUCAAGUAGUGGUUUUUCCGGAAGUUGCCUUUGUAGUCAGGGUUACACAGGACAUAGAUGUGAAAUUGUGAUAAAUCCGUGUACCGAUGUUGAAUGUCAAAAUGGCGCUCAAUGUAGCAGCGUUAGUUCUGGAUUUGGCUUUCAAUGUGUGUGUCCAGUUGGGUACAAUGGCGUCUUUUGUGAAAAUCGUUUAGAUCCAUGUCAGUAUAUAAUAUGUGACAAUGGAGGCACGUGUAAGAGCUACAUUACUCAUUAUAUUUGUAUCUGUAACCCACAUUAUGGCGGGAAACAUUGUACGUCGUUAUUGAUGCCUGCUGAUGAGACAGCAGAAAGACCGGGUAGUAAUAUUAUACCGGUAGUUAAAAAUGGAGCAUGUUCAAAUUUUAGAAUUUCAUAUUUGACACUCUUUUCGGUCUUUUUAUGUUCUUAUGUAAAUCUUUUUCCAGUCUUUUUACGACGAAUUUGAAGAUCUAAUUGAAAUAAAAUUAUUAUUUGUAUAAUGCU